GCUUCCAGCAGUGUUACAAGAAAACGAGGCGCGAAUGCUGCGUCUUUCUCCUUCGUUACGAAAUAAACUUUCUCGCCUCCGCGCGAACGGAUCGGCCUCCAGAUUCAACAAGCGCCCAAAUGAAGACAGUGUAUAUUUUGUUACGGAAACAAAACGUGUUUCUCGCUAAAGCGGUAUAAAACGAAGCGAAAUCACGUUAACGAUGGACAAAAGCCCGAAUGUGGAAGAGAAAAAAAAAACAAAGCGAAGGAAAGGCAGCGGAGUCUAGUGAGCAAGAUUGCGUGCGCGCGCACACAAAGAGCCCGUCGUGAGCGGAGACGCUGCGAAAGCGGGCGCUGAGGUGGCCCCGUCAGCGCAGACGGCACUGCGUGCAGCCUCGUCGGCCAGUAAUCUUUCUCGAUUCAUUAUGACCUCUCGUGUUUUAGUUUUCGUCACAAUCGCAAUGCUAGACAUAAGUGUCGACGCAGGUGGCUUCAUGGGCAUCGAAGUCAAGCCAUGGUUUGAAGAAUGCCCAACGAUGGACCACCGCGUAGAGAGAUGUCGGGACAAGCUUUUGUCCACACCUGAACUUGAAGAUGUCACUCUGGACCCCGACAGGGGCGAUCAGGCCGAACACUACGAGGACUGCAUGCUGACGAAGCUGGACCUGACCGCGCGCGAGGCCAUGGUUUGGUGCGAACACAAGGGAUCCCUGGCAAGAAAAAUGGCACUCUGCUACGAGUAUCUACUGAGACUGAAUGCACCUCACAUAUCUGACCACCUCGUUGUGAAGGUUAUAGACGAUUUUCAGAACGGCGAAGGACCGAUAGCUCCCUUGCCACCCGUUCACAGUGAUGAAGACGACGGCAAACAUAGUAAUGAAAACGACGGCAGGUACAGCGACGAAUACGAUCACACACGCAGCGAUGAACGCGAGUAUGGACCCGACGAUGAUGAGUCCGAUUCUCGGAUCUAUUACCCUAGACGCGAGCAAGGCCUCGGAAAUGAAAGCGCCACUGUAAGUCCAGCAAUGCAGCGGCCCAGCCCACACCCUACAAAUAUUGGACGUGGGUCAACGACUACGAAAAGCUCGCGCCAGAGCUGA